AUGGCCGCCUUUGUCGUAUCUCGCUCGUUCGCCCGCUCCAUCGCCUCCUCCGGAAGCCUCACACGAUGCAGCAGACCGCAAUACCUACGCCUCAGAGCUCAGAGCCAGUUCCGCCCUGCUAUUCGGAGCUUUGCUGCUAGUGCAAAAGCAUGGGAAAAGCGUUAUACUGAAGACCACGAAUGGGUCGAACUAUCUGAAGACGGCACCAUUGGCACGAUUGGAAUCUCGGACUACGCCGCACAUGCUCUAGGAGACGUCGUUUUCGCCGAACUGCCACAGGUUGGCAUCGAGGUCAGCAAAGGCGACUCGAUAGGCGCUGUCGAGUCCGUGAAGUCGGCAAGCGAUAUCAUGACACCAGUCAGUGGAGAGAUCGUCGAAGCGAACAGCGUACUCGAAGAGAAGCCAGGCACAAUCAACAAGAGCCCCGAGGCGGACGGCUGGCUCGCAAAGAUCAAGGUCAGCGCACCGGAUGAGCUCCAGAGCCUGAUGGACGCGGAUGGAUACAAGAAGUUUACGGAGGAGGCUGAGAGCAAGUAA